UACUAUAAGAAAAAUAUUUAUUAUACCGGUGUUGUUUGAAUAUAAAAGUUGUAAAAAUGACAGAAAACGAUAGCAAACAAAUUUCGAAUCCAAAUUUACAAAUAAUUCGUGAUCCAAAUUUAGCGAAAAAUCGUAUCUUUGUAGGCAAUCUUCCGUCGUGUACACGAGAAGAACUGGAGAGUAUCUGUCAUCCCUACGGAAAAGUAUUGGGUUCAUUGGUACAAAAGAAUUUUGGCUUCGUGCAAUUCGAAUCUGAGGAAGUUGCCAAUAAGGUCGCAUCUUCACUGUCAAAAUCUAUAUUCAAAGGAAAUGUUAUUACAGUUAGAAACGCCUCCUCUAAACAACCAACUAAACGUCUGGCCACUGAUAAUCUUGCCGGUUCAUCAAAUAUCAGCAGCAGUCACUUUGGAGGGAUAGAUACAACUGCUCAAAACACCAACGCAAACAUGAAUCCAGAUUAUAAUGAUUGCGAAAUUAUCGUAAUUGAUCGACGCAACACUAAAUAUGCUGAAUACAUUGAACAACGUCUUAAGGAAAUAAGCUUGAGAGUCGAUGUGCUUUUUCCGAACGAAGAUGUACCUUUAGGAAAAGUGCUAAUAAAUAUCUCUUCGCGUGGGUGUUUAUAUGCCAUAUUGGUAACACCUCAACAUGAAGAACACAAGAGUAUAACCGUUAAUAUAUUGUAUGGUCAACCAGCAGAACACCGUAAUAUGCCAGUAGAUGAUGCCAUACAGUUGAUAUCAAAAGACUUUCGUCAGAAGAUGGCAAGCGAUGCUAUUAAAAAAUCUACAUUUGCCGCAUCUUUGGCCAAGGCAGUGCCAAUGGUCAACAUGGCAAACCCUUCACUGAAAGAUCGUCAUCCCAACGCGAUUCAGACCCUUUUAAAUUUAUUAGCUGAUAACAUGCCUCUAACUGUACUUCAGUAUGAUAGGGUAAUAAAAUAUCUUCAAGAACGCCGGGAAAUGCAAGUGAAAAUAGAGCUCGGUGAUGCAGCAGAUAUAGCAAAAGUUCCAGACCCUGAAAUUGAAUUACAAAAGAAAAUUUUUGACAUCAUGAAUAAACCAUCUAUAGCUGAGACACAUUAUAAGUUACUGUACCCCACAUUGGAGGCCGUCAAAUCUGAUUAUGGUGUUAUGGAACUGUUGAAAGACAUUCGAGUCCAAAAAGCUCUUGAAGCAUUAAUGGAUUCUAGUCUUGUCGGUACAGUAGAGAAUUAUAUGAAGUUUUAAUAAUAAAUUUAUAGUUUAUUAAUAACAACAUACAAUUGGAAAUCUGAACAUUUGAAAAAUAAACAAAA